AUGCAAGAGAUAGAAUCCAAAUAAUAUAUUGGAGCAAAAGAAGGAGCCCAUAUAAUUUAUACUGUCUGCUUCUUAGCAGCAACAAGCAUCAUUGAAAAUAAAUACAGCGAAAAGCAAUGCGAAGGAGUCAAUUUAUUGCUUUUAGUCAAUUUAGUUUUUUACGGUUUAAUAAUUUGGGCAACUUACUAAGUUAUAACGAUAUUACCAAAAUACAAAAAUGCUGCUAUUAAAUAAUUCUUUAGCUUUAUGCAUGGCGUUUUUGGAAUUUACAUGCUUGCAGUUUUUGCUUAUGCUAAUUUACUCUAUUUUGAUGAUGCUUUUGUAAAAAAUAACUGUACAAAGAACACUCCUAUCCUUGCUUUCUUCACAACUUUAUUUAUUAUUGUUGGAUAUGUGAUUCUCAUAAUAUUUUCUAUGUCAUUCUUUUCUUCAAUAUUUAGACGUUUUUCUAAAUAAAAUAACGAUGAAACUGGAGCUAUUGAAGAACUCUGA